AUGGCGCCUUUCAAAGAUGAGCAAAUCUUGAUCAUUGCGCCUGGCUCGCGGACGACUCUCGCGCAGCUUGGUCUUCCUGAAUCUCUCACUCCGGCGCGUUUCCGAGUGCGCUCAUGCAUGUUCCCUGCCGAAAACCCUGGCGAGUUCGAACCCAACAAGGUGCGCCGGAAAGAUGCGCCACCUGCCGACGGCGAUAGCGAGCCGGAGUACGAAGAGGAUCUUUUAUCGGAGCAGGGCGCCAUUUGGCCCAUCCAACAAGGCCGUGUUGUCGAUUGGGACUGCUUCUUCGCCCUCAUCGACCAUGUUUAUCGCAACAUCAACCCGCCCUUCCAUACCGCAAUUCUCCUCGUUGCUCAGCCCAUCUGGACCCCCAAGGAACACGAAAAGAUAGCCCAGUUCAUCUUCGAGAAGCUGAAGCCUCCAGCCCUUGGCUUGAUGGACGCUGCUUCAGCUACAUUGUACGCAUACGGUCUAUCUACUGCUACCAUCGUCGAUGUUGGUUUCGAAAAGGCCGACGUCACUGCCGUUUCCGACUAUUUGGUCCACGACACAGGCCGCGCUUUGAGUGUGCCAAACUGUGGUGGAGAAGCUCUGACCGAACGUCUCUCGCAACUGCUUGCCUCGAGGGGCUUCUCCAAAGAGGUGUGUGAGCAGCUGAAGAAGAGUCCAAUCUGCGAAAUUCUACCAAACGACGCCGACCUGACCACCGAGAACGGCUCAGCAUCUUCUGACCAGCCGUCCAACCCUGCUGCAGCUGCCAGUACUGGUGCUGAGGGCUCCGGUCCUGGUCAGCGUAAUACCACUGCCGCCCUUGGCGAGACUCCCCUAGGCCCUGGUCCUGGAACGCAAGUUGGCAGUGAGCAGAAAGAUGGCGAGGAUAACGAGGGUGUGCUUGACAUAGCCAGCAUUGUCACAGGUGGUAACAUGAGCGAAUUCUUGGAGCGCAAGGAGAAGGAGAAGGCCGAGAAGCUUGCCGCAAAGAAGAAGGGCGCAGAAGCUGGUCCAGCUGGCGCAAAGCCUGCAAGGCUACCCAAUGCGAAGAGAGUCAAGAACACUUUCGUCUACGAGGACCACGUGUUGCGCGACGCCAUGAAGCAACAGAACUACAGCGACAAACAGAUCGCAGACAUGCAGGCUGCCGUCAAGGUCGGGCCUGCAAGAAAGAAUGAUGCAGAAACGGGCGACGCAGAUCGCCCCUCGACUGAUGUCGCUCACGACGAGCAGCACUCACAAGGAGGGGCCAUCCGUCGAGAAGCCGAGGUUGGUAUCGAGAGAUUCCAAGCUGCUAGUGGUGGUGUGCUCGACAGACUGGCAGACGUCAUAUAUCGCACCGUUUCCUCCGUAGAAGAGGUCGGCAAGCGAAGUGAGUUGUGGGAUUCUCUUGUUAUUGUUGGCAAUGGAUCCAAGGUGCGUGGUUUCAAGGAGGCUCUGUUGAACACACUGCAGACCAAGUACCUGAUCUCGCCAUCUUCGGCUACCAUGUUCACCUCGGAACUUCCAUCCAAUCUUUCUACGCCAAUGGCAACCGGGGCUAACACUCCCCAAUCGACGAUACCUCCACACCUAGGCUCCGGUGUUAAUCCUCUGCUAUACGCUGCUACCACGGCACAAAACCCCCAACUGAACCCUAUCAACGGCGGAAUGCAAGGUGGACCAAUGCCUCACAGCUUGCACACUUCCCAUGCACAGUCCCCGACAAGUGUUAAGCUCGCCAAAAUGCCAGAGUACUUUCCUGAAUGGAAGGAUGCAGGUUACGAAGAAGCAGUGUUCCUCGGUGCCCAGGUGGCCGCAAAGGUGCUUUUUAUGGUAGAUCAAGGAUUGAGCAAGGGAUAUAUGACGAGGACCGAUUACAACGAACAGGGACCUCAAGGAAUUCACGACUGCAGCAUGUAA